AUGGUGAAACACAUCAUCGACAUUAAAGACCUAGAAGAGUUAAGUUUAGCUGAUUGUAGCAUCUACAAUGUUCCUCACAAUCUUAGAAAAGUUAAGAAAGAGGCUUACACUCCUCAACUAAUCUCCAUCGGUCCCAUUCACCUUGGAAAACAAGAACUUCAACCAAUGCAACAACACAAGAAAAGAUACUUCCAUUUCUUCUGGGAACGUCUAUCUAUACCCAACCAACUAUCCAUCAAGAACUACAAACUCUUUCUUGAAAACCAAGAACAACGAAUUCGAAAGUGUUACGCCGACAAAUUUCCUAACAUCAACAAAGACAAGUUUGUGGAAACCAUUUUGCUGGAUGCUGUCUUCAUCAUGGAACUUUUGUUGAGAAACAGUUCAUGGAAAUCAGAUACUUCAAAACAUGAACAUGAUUACGUGCAAUCCAAGUCAUUUAGAUGGAAACACACUGAUGAUUAUAUUCUAACACAGGCUUGGUUAAGUAAAACCAUUACAAGGGACUUGAUUUUGUUGGAAAAUCAGAUACCUUUUUUUGUCUUGAUGAAUCUUUAUGAUACUGUUGUUCCACAAGAUGAUAAAAAACCUGAACAUGACAACUUUCUUGAUCUUGCACUUGAGUACUUUGCAUUCUAUGAUACUCAGAAAUCUUCUUCACUUGAAACUAAGCUUGUUUUGGAUAAGAAUCAAAGCAAGAAAUAUUAUUAUGAAAAAGUGGUUGCUCUCAUGCUUUUCCAAGAACAGUCACAAAGUUGUUUACCUUCUUUUUCAUGUUUGAAUCAUUUCAAAGCGCGUCUUCGGAUUCCACAAUUGAAGGUUGAUCAUACAACAGAAUGUGUUUUAAGGAAUCUCAUUGCUUUGGAACAAUGUCAGUAUCAAGAACAACCUUAUAUAUGCAACUAUGUUUCACUUGUUGAUUCUCUGAUACAUACACAAGUUGAUGUUGAUUUUUUGGUUGAGAAAGAAGUGAUUGUGCAUGAAAUGGGAAGUGAUAAGGAAGUGGCUGUGCUUGUUAAUGGUCUUUGUAAACAUGUUGUGGUGAAUUCGAAUUGUUAUCAUGAGAUUAUAAAUGAGCUUAAUAAGCAUUAUCAGAAUAUUUGGAACCGUACAAUGGCUGCAUUGUGGUUGGUUUACUUUAGAGAUGCUUGGAGAGCUAGUUCUACUUUGGUUGGGAUUGCUUUUCUUGUUUAUACUGCAUUCAACUUUGUUCGUCUUGCCAAAGUUCUCUUCUAUUAG